AAACACCCAAAACAAAACUGGAAAGUCAAAGGGAGGCUAAAUCAAAUGGCUGAGAAUGAGCUUCCACCGUCGUCGUCUAAACCUCCGCCGUCGAUCACUCUCCCGCCGAGAACUUCCUUCGAUACUCUCUUCACCGCCGGCUCGGGCGCCAGCCCCGGACCGAUGAGCUUGGUAUCCAGCUUCUUCGCCGAGAACGACCCCGACAAUGACAGCCGCUCCUUCUCUCAGCUCCUCGCCGGCGCCUUACCGUCUCCGGCGGAAAGAAGCGGCGAGUUUAGGUUUCAGCAGAAUAGGCUGGCCGAUCUUGGCGUGACGCAUCUGCCAGGGGCGUUCCCUCUUCCGCCGGCGAGCUUGCUCAAUUCGACGGAUUUCAUUUCAUCGCAGGGCCAUUCUGGAUUGUCGCAUCAACUAGCCCAGAUUAGUGGUCAAGCUCAGAUGCAAUUUCAGUACCCAUCUGCUCCUAUGCUACCUCUUCCUUCCUUUCAGAAUAUGUCUCCGCCUUUACCCGAUACAAUGACUAUCUCAGAGUCAUCUGAUUUUUCUCAAUCUGCUAACUUGUCUGUUGAUAAGCCAACUGAUGAUGGGUUCAAUUGGCGGAAAUAUGGGCAGAAGCCAGUUAAGGGAAGUGAAUUCCCUAGAAGCUACUAUAAAUGCACUCAUCCAAGCUGUCCAGUAAAGAAGAAAGUAGAACGCUCUCACGAUGGUCAAAUAUCCGAAAUCAUAUACAAAGGUCAGCACAACCAUCCUCAACGCCCAAUAGACACUAGAACCGCAUAUGGAACGCAUAGAAACUCUGAAUUCAGUGCUCAAAGCCUGAGCAAGCCCAAUGAGGGGUCGAGACAACUUACUCCCGAACAAGUAUCUGGAUCAAGUGGCAGCGAGGAGGUGGUGGCUGUUGGAAUUAGAGUUGAUGAUGGACAUGAGGGUGACCCCGAAUCAAAAAGAAGGAUUGUUGAGGUCCAGAAUCCCGAGCAAACAAAUUCUUCCCAUCGCACUGAGCCUAGGAUCAUUAUUCAGACGACUAGUGAAGUUGACCUCUUAGAUGACGGUUAUAGGUGGCGAAAAUAUGGGCAGAAGGUUGUUAAAGGAAACCCUCACCCAAGAAGCUACUACAAGUGCACGACUGCUGACUGCAAUGUCCGUAAGCAUGUAGAAAGGGCUGCAAGUGACCCGAAAGAUGUAAUAACUACGUACGAAGGGAAGCAUAACCACAGUGUACCAGCUGCUAAGAACAGCAGCCACAGCAAUGCCAAUGCUGCUGCUACACAGUUCAGACCUCACAACCCCGUAGCCAACAGACCAGUUGCUAGUAGAGGAGUCGAAUAUGGAAAUGAGCAACAAUCUAUCAUCACCCUUCUACGGUUCAAGGAAGAAGAGAUAACUUAGCUCUCUCCAGAAGCAGUUUAAGCUGCGGACGAAAUGCAUACCACGAAGGUCUAUGACUAUGAGACAUGGUUUUGAUGAAACACAAUGUGCUAUAUGCUUGAGCCAUUCAUAUUGACGCAUUCACAAAGGUACAAUAAAAACCCCACAUUAUACAAAAGAUAUACGAAAUUGUGAGCUUUGAAUACGAGUGUUUGUACAUUUUGAUCGACAGGCAAGAGUGAUUGUAAUGGAAUUGAUACAUGCAUUCUUUUUGUAAAUUAUUUAUACUGUAUUUACGCAUUGUGAAACUUUGUGUGAGCAGUAGGGAAAGGAUUAUUGAACCUUGCCAUCUCAAAAAUAUGAAUUCCUUUUUUGGUGCAAAA